AAUAUUGGGUGGAGUCACUCUCGCUUCUAAAAGAUGGAAUGCAUAUUACCAUGAAUUUUGGUUUCUUUUUUUCGAGAAAUUCUGGUAAACGGCAACAUUGCAUCKUAUUGUAUCGCGGUUGUAUAAUGAAGUAUGUUUUGGUGGAACAAUGCAGGCAAUGCAACCCCACUCGCGAUGAGAAUCGAUCCCGUUGCGAAAAAUUGUGUCUGAUACCCCUAAAUACAACACUAUUGCUGUACGGUACAUCAUAUGAUAGAAACAUAUUAUGAUACCGUUCAAACUCUCAAUCCAGUUCCAGACCAAUAGUAUCGCUAAUGGUGAUAACCUCUAGUUCACAGCCACUUUCGUGAGGGGAUAUCCUCAAUUGAGAAGCAGAAGAAGGGGCAACUGCCAUGGAUACGUCCCAGUUAACUGUUUCCUUCUUCAAAAUCUUGAGAUACAAAGCCCCGUAUGCCUCGUAUUCCAGGCCGUACGUGACGUCAGUGGGAAGAUUGGUCCUGCUGUUGUUGCCCUUACUUCCAUUAAAGGCCACGGCGGGCUCAAUCUGGGUGUCUUCGUGCCACUCGUUGAAUGAGUUGACCAUAAUGAGAUUGUCUACCUCGGAAUCUACGAGUGUCAGGCCUUCUUGUAGGGCGGCCCUGAAGAGAGAUCCCUCCGGAGCCCCCGGGGACAGCCUCCGCGAAAGUGGGAUGCGCUUGACCUCCGGUCGGACCCCUCGAUCGUUGAAGCCCGGAGAGGCGCAGGGAAUAAACGCGCAGCCCUUGCUCCGGGCAAUCUCCUUCCACGCCCGUUGCUCCCCCUGAUAGUAGUCCGUCACGUUUUGUCGGCCGCCUACGUAUCCACCUAYGUCGUACCCCCGAAUCGAUCCGUAGACAUCGUAAUUAGUGACUGCAUCCAAGAUCUCAAAGGGAAUGAGAUCGGCCGCGUUAUUUUGCAGAGGUGGUCCCUGGAAGACCUGGUCGCCAACAAUGAAAAUAUCGUCGCAGCCGCCGGCCUUUGCCCCUUCACGCAUCAAGGAAAUGACUUCCUCUAACAAUCCAAGUUCUUCGAGUUUGCGCGUCAGGUAGACAAAAAAGACCGGCCGGYUUAUUCCAUUUCCGUUGUCUAAUAUUCGGUAAUAGUUGGAAUGGGUGAAGUAUGUUUUGCAUAGGUAUUCCAGAUCGGGGACGACAUUGUCCAACUUGUAACCAUAUUUUUUGCGGAUCCGGCCCGUGGUUUCGUAAAAAAUGGCAAUCUUGUGGUCCUUCAGCUGCUUGUUGGUCAAUAUGUGAUUCUUGAUUGUGUCAUCUUCUCGACGGCCUUCUCCCCACCAGCUAGUGACCCAUAAUUUGAUGUUGUGUUGCCGGCUCCAUUUCAGGUGCUGGGCAAUCACAUCUGGUUGCGUGUCGUCGUAUUCACCAAGAGCCGGRAAUUCCUGAGGAUYGAUCAGUUGCCUCCGAAGGUAAAGGUUGGGAACGUCGGGUUUGACRCCUCGAUGAAAGUCGUCUCCCCACCAGGGAUAGUAAUAGGCACCGACUAGAGCCAAYUUCUUCUGCGCACAGUUGUUGUAGUCGCAUGUUUCUCGGCAACGUUUGGCGAUKGUUGCCCCCAGGUAGACUCUCUUACAUCGCUUCUUGAGCUUCCUCUUCUUUCUUGCCACCCACUUGCAGGCCUCCUUCUCUUUGUAGAGAAAAUCCGGGUCGUCCGUGCAAUCAUUGGCUGUUGGCGAUGUGAAGGAAGCAUCGACAGAAGAUGAAGCUCCUUUCGCUUGUAUCGUUUCGAUCUCGCCAAAACUUGAAGUUGCCGUACCACUGACGUCGCCUAUUCCGUAUUCGUCGUCGAGAACCGGCGUUGCGGUAACAGAAAUUKUCCUCGAGGAGGUCAUUGCGGUUAUCAUCAUUAUUGCGACAAAGACAAAAAAGCAAGCAGUUGGAGUGCCUCGCUUUCUCUUGUUCAURGUGCUGCUAGACCACGUCAACGUCGUCGUCARUGUCUUGGUCGGGAUUGGAACGAUUUGAUUACUCGAAAGGUAACUUUUAUUUUAGCUUUGUUUAAUAAGGGAAAAACGAAUUG